CUCUCUCUCUCUCUCUCUCUCUCUUUCUGUAAAAAUUUCCCCCCUUUUUUUUUCUUUUCUUGUUUAUAAGUAUAUUAUAGGCUGAGUUUGUCGAGAUUAGCAACCCACUCUAUUUUGAAUAUGACAGACCAGAAAGACUCUCUUGUAGACAAUAGUGACACACACAGUGAAGAAGAAACACCCACUUUAAUUGAAAAAGAAGAAUCAGAAUGCAUACAACAACAUGACCCUAGUUUACCCCCACCCGUUGUGACGAUUACUGACAAUGAAGAUACGCCUUCCACCUUAAUUCAUGAUCAAAGCACACCUAGUACGCCCUAUGACGACGAUACCUCUUCCACUACCAACUCAACCAUUGCGCCUGACGACUCUGUCAAUGAACAAGACUACAAACCGACCUUGACCGAAUUUCAGGGCCCAGUGAUCGAUUUUUACAGGCACAAGAAUAUUUUAAUGACAGGCGUCACAGGCUUUAUCGGCAAAGCCAUUCUAUGGAAACUUAUUCAAGCACUUCAACAAGACAUGGGCUGUAUCUAUAUCUUGAUACGAAGUGGAAGUAGCAAAAAGAGUAAGAUUGGUCGACCUUCUGAGCGAUUAAGGAAUGAGAUUUUCAACAAUAAGGCCUUCUUGAUCUUGAGACGCAUGAUGGGCAAGACAGUAUUUGAUUCAAUUGUGAAGGACAAGAUCAUUCCUAUCUCUGGUGAUUUAAUUUCGCCUGAUUUAAGCAUUUCUGAGGUAGAUCGAGAGAGUAUUAUUGAUCAUGUGAAUAUUGUGCUUCAUUGUGCUGCCACUCUGAAUUAUAACGAAAGACUUGAUUUAGCCUUAGAGACAAAUACCCUCGGCACAUUGCGUAUGAUGGAUUUGGCCGAUGAAUGUAAACAUAUGGAGGCUUUUGUUCACAUGUCACUGGCUUAUACAGAUUCAAGUUUACCAGAAGGUCACGUUCAGGAACGAGUAUAUCCUAUGCUGGUGGGAGAUCCUGAAGAACUUUUAACAGAGAUUGUGGACCUUGAACUUCAGGAUAUUCCUAAAAUGACACAGCGUAUCUUGGCUCAUUAUCCUCAUACGUAUGCUUUUACCAAGUCAUUAACAGAGCAUUUGAUUAUGAAGCGUGUUGAUUUGAACCGUAUUGAAGAAGCGCAAGGCGGGAAAGCACAAUGGCCAGUGGCUAUUGUUCGAGCUACUCAAGUGGGCGCUGGUGCGUAUGAACCUUUGCCUGGAUGGGUGGAUGGUGUCACAGGUGCCAAUGGUACUGUCUUUUUGAUGAGUAAAGGCAUUCAAGCCUUACAGCCUGAUAUGGGUCCCAUGUUGGCCGAUAUUGUGCCUGUAGACUACUUGGUGCGUGUGGUAUUGGGCGCGGCUGCUAACAUGAAACCACCCGGGUAUCGAUUUCUAUUGCCUUACAAUGAAAAAUUAGACGAUGGCAUGGAUAAUAACAGUAUCAUUGUACCCCAUGUCCAAUACUUUCCUUAUAUCUAUCAAGUCUCUGCCAACGGGUUUGAUGAGACAACAUGGCAGCGAGCGUAUGACUCAGUACGAUGUUACUGGAUUCGCAACACUAAAUUAGUCUUGCCUACCGCACAGGAUUACUUUAUUGCCAACCGAUCCUUAUUUAAAGCCAAAUUCUUUAUGAAAUACAGUUUGCCCCAAUCACUCUCCUCUGUCACUCAGGCGAUCAACAGCAGUGUUCGAUCCUCUGCAGGCAAUCAAAACACAGAUGCCAACCUACUGAACCGCACGAUUGAAUUGGCUUCUCGUGUGGUGGAUGCAGUACAACCUUUUAUACGCCGUCGUUGGGUCUUUGAUCAUCAAAAUGUACAACAACUAGAACAAACCAUGGCUCACGACCCUCAGUUCCACUUACAGAAAUUCAAGCAUAUGGAUUGGAAUACAUAUAUGACGAAUUUCGCUUUUGGCACGCACGCUUAUCUUCAUCCUUCACCUCCUCUGGGCCUUCGUAAUAUUUCUGUGCCUGAUGGCUGGGCUUGUGCGCUUUAUUUGCCUCCUGGCGCUACACGGCAUUCGAUCAUUGAUAAACAGAUUGAAUCCGUCGUGUUUAGUGCUUCUGAUAUCCAAAAGAGAACAGAACGCAUGUUGACUGAACUUGUCUUGUCGCUGGAAAAACCUGGACAAGAGCUCAAGGACAAGAAAAAGAUGGAGGAAUGGGUCAAUGAUUUUGAUGCUAGUCUUGAUGACUGGUGUCAUGAUGAUUCUGAUAUUCUAAAGAACAAGGAUAACAUGACGCAUUUGGGACACUGGGUAGAUCCUCCUGAAUCAUAUGAAGAACAUGUACGUAUUGAGGUCUUGAAUGAUAGAAGAGUAGGGCAGAGUAUUAAACAGAUUAUUGAAACCUCGGGUGUGCCUCAAAAGACAGUCGUGGGUGAAUCUCUCAAGAUUCUACAACGCAUGAAAGAACGCACUCAACUUCCUUAUAUUUGGUCUGCAGGUGCUUUUCUCAAUGCACUCUUUAAGCGUCUUUUCACGAGUCUCAGGGUCAAUAAGCUAGACAUUGCUCGUCUCAAAGAACAAAUUCAAGACAAGAAUGUAGUUUAUGUUCCUGUAUCCAAAACUAUCAUUGAUCAAUUACUUGUAUGGUAUAUUUGCUUGCGAUAUCAACUUCCUGUUCCUGCCAUUGUCUGCGAUGAAGCAUUGGCUCUGUUAGGUCCCAUUUCAGAUAUUCUUCGUAUUUCGGGUGCGUAUUUUGUACGUCGUGAUCUCACUUCAAGAUCGCCUUUAAACACAGCAGUUGCAGCGGCGUAUACAGAAGUCAUCCUGAAAGAACAUGGCGCACUUUCGAUGGUGAUUGAACGCGCACGAUCUCGAACAGGCAGACUACAAACAGCUUAUCACGAUGGCAUGAUGAACAUGGUCAUCGAAGGCACCAUCGGCCAUAAUCAAGACAGCAAUCUAUCGCCUACAAAACGCAAAAAGAAAGAGACAGUGCUUGUGCCUAUCAAUAUCACUUAUGAAAAGAUUCCCGAGUUACGUACACUGAUUGAUCAAGUCUUGGAUCAAAAACCGCGCAACUUGACUGUCACUUCUUCCUUUCUUCGCCCAAGUGCUACUGUGGCUGAUCGAGCGGCUAUAAAGGAGUCCAAUGGGGGUGUUGACAAGGGGAAAUAUGGACGUGCUUUUGUUGGAUUUGGGCAAGUGAUUGAUGUAAGGCAGACGGCACAAGAGGGUGCUUUACCCUCCAAUCGUAGUAAACGAGUCAGUGCGAUUGCUGUUAAAGAUGAAGAUGCUGUGGCAGACUAUGUGGCUCGCAAAGUACAACGUGGCCAACAUGAAGCUUCUGUUGUGAGCCCUGUCACACUUGUGGCUGCCACACUUUUGUUUGGCCGGGCCCAGGGAGGCAUUACGAUGGGUAAGAUCUACAAGCAUGUCUUAUGGCUUCGUCAAGAAUUGCUUGAUAAGAACAUCAGUGUGGAUUGGCAACCAGAUGAAGAUGUGAGCACAAUUGUUGCUUAUGCGCUUGAUCUUUUGGAUGCUCGCAACAAUGUCACUAUGGACGGCAAACGUAUUACAGAGCAGACGGUUGUGCGUGUAGUAGAACAUGCAGACAAUGUCAUGGAUCUGUCCUACAUGGCUAGUCAAUUGAUUGAGAUCUUUCUUCCUGAGGCAUUAUUUAGUGUGGUUUAUUUAUCGGGCACAAAAGAAUUGACCACCAAAGAAGAUCUAUUUUCACAAUUUACCUUCUUGGUGCGGUUAUUUAGACAUGAGUUUGUGUAUCCUUGGAACCGAGAAGAGAAAUUCAAUGUCUUGCUCGAUUGGUUUGUAAAAAAGGACUUGCUUAUCAAGAAAGAUCAAGAACAAUAUACCAAAGUAGUGACGAUGGAGAACAAUGAAGUAGAGUAUACACGCGUCUGUUUACUAGCUUCGUUUAUAUACCCUACUCUGGAUGCUUAUUGGAUCACGUCUUGCUCUUUAUCUGCCCUGCGUGAUUUACCCUUCAUGCCACGUAAAAUCGUGCCUGUCUUGUCCCAAUGGAUUGCAGCUCAUCUGAUCACAGGCCGCCGUACAAUUUAUCGUGAAGUCUUGUCCACAGAAGCAAGCCAGAAUGCUGUAGAUAAUUUUCUGGCAAUUGGAUUUAUUGAAGCGGUGCAUUCCAAGACGAAACUGUCGCCUGAUGCCCAGAUUUUGUUACUCGAGUUGGGCAUCACGACCAAUGAAGAUCUAGUGAUGGUCUCCAACAACAAAAACAUAGACGAUGAUGCGUCUGUCAGUCAAGAAAUCCUGUAUCAAUUAGCAGACAUUGCUUCCCUUUGUCACGAAAUCGAAAAAUACAGAUAUAUGACAGAUAAUGUGAACUUGAGGCAUAAUGCUCAAGUCUUUGACAAGUGUCAAAACCAAAUUCGAUCUAUAUUAAGAGCAGAUACGAGUUAUGCAUCUCAACAUGGUAUGAUACUAGAGAAAGAUGAAGAUCAAAUGAUUCAGUUGGUAUACUCGCUAAAGGCAGCUUCAAGUACACCUGUUCCUGCAGAUGAUGGGUCUGGAAAACACUCAAGAAGAGUAUCACAAGCCUACAAUCUCAAGUCUUCAUAACAAAGCACUAUAUUUUUUUUUAUUAAAAGU